AUGGCGUGCCUCCACGUGCAUGGUGUUGUGCUAGGCCUUGCAGUGUUUACACUUUCUUGGGCAGCAGUUCCGGUUCAUGGACUUCCGGACGUCGUACGAAUAGGUGGCAUAUUCGAGAGCGACAACCACCUGGCACAGGUAAGCUUCCGCCAUGCCCUGGACAAGAUCAACAAGGACAUCACCCUGUUGCCCAAGACCAAGCUCAUGCCUGUCAUACACGAGGUGAAGCCAAAGGACAGCUUCUCCGCAUCCAAAGCUAUUUGCACGUCGUUCAAGCAAAGGGUGUCUUCAAUUAUUGGCCCCACUUCGCCGGCCGUGACGUCACUCGCCAUGUCUGCUUGCACAAACCUGAACGUACCGCACCUGCAGACCACGUGGCACCCGACGUCCAACCGCAACCCGUACACCUUGAACUUGUUCCCAGAUCCAGACCUUUUCGGAAGGGCCUUCUUGGAUCUUAUACUCAACAAGAAGUGGAAAACUUUCACAAUACUGUACGAGGACCAGCAGAGCUUGAUAUUGCUCAAGGACGUUUUGAAUAAUUCCUUCGCUCAAAAGCACGUCGUUUCACUGGUCCAAGUGAACCCAAGGCUGUCCUUCAAAAAGAUCAUGAAAGACAUCGGCGUCACCAAGCAGUACAACAUCAUCGUAGACAUCAAGACGUCGUCCCUACCGGCACUUUUGCGAGAGGCUAGAGAAGUCAACAUGAUGACAUACUACCACAACUACAUCAUCACUUCACUGGACCUUCACACUCUUGACCUGAGUGAAUUCUCCGACUUGCAAGCCAACAUCACCGCAUUCAGGCUCGUGGAUCCACAGCGUCCGGAAGUCGUGAACGUUGUGCGGGAGCUAAAGAACGGCAGAGCGCCCUGGAGAUACGGUGCCCAUAACCACUCUGAGAUGAUUUCUAUCGAUACAGACACCGCCCUCAUGUACGAUGCCGUGACUCUCCUCGCCACCGGGCUUCACAAUGCCGACCGUGUCAUGCAUAACCUCGACCUGCAGUCACUCAACUGUGAACAACCCAAGCCUUGGAGACACGGAUCAUCUCUGCUGGAGUCCAUGAAAAUGACAACGAUUAAGGGCCUCACAGGUGAGGUGCGCAUUGAACACCGCGGAAUUCGUAAGGACUUCUACAUGGACGUAAUUGAAUUGAAGAAGAAAGGAGUUAUUAAGGUAGCCACAUGGCAUCCAGUGAAUGGUCUCGCCUACUUCGUCAACUACACACAAGUUGCCGAAAAAGAGUUUACAGACAAGCUCGAAGGCUUGACCCUGCGAGUUACCACGGUUGAGAGUCGGCCGUAUACGAUGCUACAUCCAGAGGGAAGCAAUAUGACCGGAAACGAUCGCUUCUACGGCUACUGCAUCGACCUCAUUAAGCUGCUCGCCAAGGAAAUCGGAUUCAAGUACGAGUUCUACCUCACUCCUGAUGGUGCCUAUGGAAAACCGCAGGCAAACAAUGAGUGGAACGGAAUGAUACGAGAACUGCUGGACAGGAAGGCAGAUGCCGCCAUCGUGGACCUGACCAUUACGUACGAGCGGGAGUCCGCAGUGGACUUUACCAUUCCCUUCAUGAGCACGGGCAUCAGCAUCCUCUUCAAGAAACCGGAGAAGAGUGACCCUUCGCUCUUUUCCUUCCUGUACCCCUUCUCCGUUGAUGUGUGGCUGUACAUGUUGACCGCCUACCUGGCCGUCUCGCUCCUCAUAUUCAUCAUGGGCCGCUUCACGCCCUACGAGUGGGUGGCGCCCCACCCGUGCGUUCCAGAGGAGGGAGAACUGCAGAGCCAGUUCAGCCUGCCCAAUAGCUUCUGGUUGACAACGGGAGCCAUCAUGCAGCAGGGAUCGGAGUUCGUACCCAUUGCGACAUCAACUCGCAUCGCCUCAAGCAUGUGGGGGUGCUUCUCACUCAUCAUGGUCUCGUCAUACACGGCGAACCUGGCGGCCUUCUUGACGGCGCAGCGGAUGACAGCACCCAUUGAGAAUGCCAAUGACCUCGCCAAGCAGACAAAGAUUGCUUACGGGUGUCUUGACGGCGGGUCGACAUACCGUUUCUUUGAGAACUCGGACAAUCCGCUGAUCAAGCGGAUGUGGACGACCAUGAACGCGGUGAGACCAUCGGCCUUCACCAAGAGCAACAAAAAAGGCGUGGAGAGGGUGAAGCGAGGUAACUACGCCUACCUCAUGGAGUUCUCGUCCAUUGAGUACGAGGUGGAGCGGGACUGCAAUCUCACGGCCAUCGGAGGGCUGCUAGACAAUAAGGGAUACGGCAUCGCAACGCCACCUGGCUCUCCAGUGCGCUCUGUGCUGUCCUCGUACAUAAUCCGGCUGCAAGAAAGAGGAGAGCUGGAAAUGCUGAAACGUCGCUGGUGGCGCGUCAAAGGCAAGGACGCCUGUCCCAUGGAGAAAGCCGCUUCGGCGACGAGCGAGAUGGGCCUCUCGAACGUGGGUGGCGUGUUCCUGGCGCUGGUAUUCGGCUGCGGAGGCGCCAUCGUUACCGUCACUUUCGAGUUUUUUUGGAAGAUUAACAAAAUACCCUACGGUGAACGGGAUUCUGUCUGGGUGGAGCUGUGGAAGGAGCUGAAACUAGUGCUGUCCUGCAAAGGUUCUAAGGAUAACCCGCAGAAGACGCCGGAGGACUCACUUUCGAACAGCAUAGGGUUUAGUUCAUUGCACCACGUCAACUACAGUAACACGAGCAUUAACCCUGUCGCCAACGCUCUUCUGACCAAUGCAGCUCUGCGCGGGAACAAUGAGGUUAUGAGCAAAUUUUGAGCUUUUCACUCGACUCUCGCUUCAAAGCACAGUGCCUCGCAGCCGACAUUCCUGAAUAUACUAGUCAAUUUGAACCGCGAAACGGGGUUGAAAACGUAUGCAGAGCAAGAUUAUUUUCCCGCUUAAAACUUAAAAGAGCAUCUGGCAUCUCGAAAUAUGAUCGUUUUGUUAGAGCAGACCUACAGCACCUCUUUGUCGUAUAUUGCUUUUAUUGCUGUUCAGCGCCAAGUAUGAGCGGAUAAUACUGAAGUAAAAAAUGACAAACCUUACAGUGUAGGUAAAUUUUUGGAGCGUGCAGUUGUCUUACCUUACUGAAACAUUUUUUUAAAGAAUGUCCAUAGAGAAAGGUGAUAAAAUAACAAGGAUCUGUGCUAUUGUCUACUUAUUGAGGUAAAGGUGAUAUAAUUUUGUGAUAUAGUGUGCAAUUUCUAAGCUGCGGUACUCGUGUUUUAAGACAUAGAGAAAGUAAUGUACACAGACGUCCACUGCACACUCACUUGUUGCGUAGCGGUACAUAGUGUACAAUCUGUGUGCUUGAAUCAAUAAACGUGUUUGUGUCGAAAA